AUGCGUGCACGCACACCACGCAUGGGCUCGCCACGCAGCAGCCAAUUGCAUCGCCGCAUGACUAAGCCAUCGACACAACCCGGAAGCCCGGCAGAAGGUCAACUGCAUUGCGGCGACGAGAUCCACGAAAUUAACGGACAGGACACCCGAACAUUGAGCCACUCGCAGGCCACAGAAAGCAUCAAGGCUGCCGGGAAGGAUUUGAAACUUACAAUAUCCAAAUCACUGGAGAGCGACUUUUCGAAUCCCAAGGUGCAACCUCAAAAUUCCUUCGGGCGGCAAUAG